AUGUCCACCAAGCCAUGGCAACUCACAGUCGUCCGUGUCCAAGGCCUCCGCUUCAUAGUCCCGGACAAAUCUUGGCGCCCCAUUGUCACCGUCGAGGUCGAUAACCACAUCCACAACGAGACAAUUCUAGGUGUGGACGGUCAGAACCCGAACUUGAAGUCUGGCUUUAUAUGUCAUGAUGUCCAGAGGAGUUCAAUGGUCGAGAUUAAGAUAUGGCAGGGAACCCAGAGUAAGAAGAGAGGAAAGAAACGGCGUUUGGUGGCGACGGCUACACAUACCCUGGACUACCUGUUGCAGAAGACGAAGGAGAGUACCACUGUAAAAGGAUCCAAAUCCCAUGCACAACAUGCGGAAGUAAAAUUGACGUGUCAAACAUGUAGCACGCGCACUAGCACGCCGUCGAGCAAAGGCCGCCCUCAAAAUGGUGCAUCUUUGACGUUAAAGGUCAUCCCGCCCGACAUCCCAGGCGGUCAGUUGGAACCCGCUGCCGCCAUCUCUGAACAAGUGACACUUGAAUCAGUCUCAACACCUGCCGCAUCAUCAGACAGAUCGCGCGCGUAUGUUGACUCUGAUGAUGACAAUGCUUCCGUUUCCUUGGAUGCACAAAAAACAGAUCUACCCCAAGAAACCGCAAGCUCGCCACCCGCUGAGCUGCGACGACGUUGGAAGAGGGCUGGCAAGAAACAUUCUCAGAUGAGGUAUAUUGUCUUCUCCGACGUGGACUACGACCAUACGACAACUUGUUCGAGUGGCGAUGAAUCUGAUAUUGCCAGUGUCGGAUCGUGGGGCGAAGCUGGGCCAUCUCAUCUUAACGAGAAGCUCCUUUCAACAUUUGAGGAAGCUAUUCGCGACUGUCCGUUGGAUUCUUGUUUCGAUAGCUAUUCGCGGACUGAGGAUGGCAUUCCACUCCCAAACCUCAGGGAUGGAAGCAUCACAUUAGUAGACAACCCUGUGUCCCGUUGGCUCGCGGCGUCCUUGCUUCCCCAGCAUAUCGUUCCACGCAAACCCGACGUUCCCGUGGAUACAGAGAGGAUAGAUGGACUUUCGGAGCAACGCGAUAGCCGGGUGAGGUGGUGGGAACGAUUCCUCGCCAUGUUCACUAUGUACCUCGAACUCCGGGACGCAACAACGGACUCUGAUUUUGAGCUGAUCUUCCAGCGGAUGCGAAUGGAAUGGACAUUCAUUGGCACCCUUCUGGCUGGACUUGCCGCAGUGAACACUGCCGUCCUGUCGAUCUCUCCCGACUCAACCAUCCCUUUAACAGAAACUGCACUCCAGUCCAUUGCUUGCUCUUCCAUCUUCACUGGCCUCGGUAUAGCAGCCACGGCGUACUUCAUUCUUCGUUACUCAUUCUCGCCCAUUUCCCUGUUCCGCGCCCGCGCUCUGGAUGUAUACGGUUCUUAUACAUUCUUCUCCCUCUCGGCGCGCGUGCCAACCCUCUGCAUGGUCGCAAGCGCCAUGGGCCUUAUGGCCUUCCUCGCGCUCGUGGCCUUUGAGGUGUGGCCUAGAGGUGUCAUCGUAGUGUGCUUCUUGGUAGGGAUCCUCAUGAGCCUGCAGUUCCUGAUCUUCGGAUUCCACCAAGCGGGCAAAGGGAUUGUAGGAGGUACCCUGAAGGUUGCACAUGCGAGUAGCACUCUUGUGCGGAGAUUUACAGCAUCUGAAGAGGUGACGACGUCGGCACCGCGCGCCCAAAAGGCGACAAGAAAGGGGGCGGGUCCCUCGACUUAA